CACUGUCUCAAACUGAGGUGGGUCUUUUUUUACACUCUCUCUCUCUGCUCCUGUUACUCUUUACUCUCAGGACGCAAUGAGGUUAACAACACUGUGCAUAUGUGGGACCCUGUUGGCCUUCUCAAGCCUCUCUUGGACCUCAGCAUACUCUGGAGAAGGAGACAUCCGGGGGGAUAAUGCAUUUCAACCCUGCGCUGCAACACUGAGACCUGAGGGGCUGUGCAGACAGGGGCAGGAUGAAAGCACGUGCCCGUAUCUAUUCAGUCUACCGCCGCUGACUCUUCAUUUGCCAAAGCAACUCACGGAGCUGGAGGAGAUCGUCAAGGAUUUGCAGAAGCUGAAAGAAAAUGUGGACCAACUGAGGAAGAUGUGUGCAGAUUGUACAGUAAGCCAAACUGAGAGAGAGUGUGGAAGGCAAAGAGAAACAGGGCAUGAAAAGCUGAAUGAGGGUAUGGAUAGACAUAAGGAUGAGAGAAACUGGCUGAAUGAGAGAAAUCCUAAGACACCAAAAGGUUUCAGCCAGGAGUGUGGAACAGACAGGGUUAAAGCGGAAAAGACUAUGGAUGGCGAUGGUGACACUGACUCAGAAAAGAGAUCAAUUUUGGAAGAGAAAGGGAGAAAGAAAUGGGAAGCAGAGAGAGAGAGUGAUAAAGUGGUCAUAAAAGAAAUCCAGAGAGAAGAAACCCUAAAAGAAGUGGCAGAAAACGAUGGAAAAACUAAGACAGAGGGGGCAAAUCGAAAGGACAAACUUGGGCAGGCCAAGGUGCCAACUGCUGGUGGAAAUGAGAAGAUAUUGUACAUUGUUAGAAAAAAGGUUGUUGAAAAAAAUAACAGGGAGACAGACAAAAAUAAAAACAACAAUAGAAAAGGGAAUUCAAAGGGAGAUCCAGAGGAUAUGUUGGAAUAUGGAAAAGAGAGGAAGAUUACAAGUAAUUUAAAAAAUAAGACAAAAACAGAAGAAAGUGACCAUCAUGUGUGGCCAGAUGAUACAAAGGAAACAGAGAAAAACACCCAAAUUGAAAAAGACAGGGACAGUGAUGGAAUAAAGAUGUCUGAGGGCCAUGAUGAGCAUACAAAUCAUGCGCGAGAGCAGCAAAGGGAGGAGAGGAAAAAGGAAAUGGAAAAGGGAAAGGGAAUAAAAGUGGAGCGAAAUAAUGAGAAACCAAAACAGACUGAAAGUAUCGGGCAUGCAGAAAAAAAAAAGACUAUAAAAGAGGGGGAGGUGGAGGAUGGGGAGACGGGAACAAGGAUCAAAACAGAAGGAGAAAAAACAGUCCAGAGCUUGCAGAGAGACAGUGAUGGAGAAUUAGCAUCCAGCAAGGCACCUGAGAGGACAGACUUUGUAUCAAUCAACCCUACUACUCAAUCUAUCAUUAGUUUAGCUCCGAGGCAGGACACCAUGGACUCAAACGAAGCUACAACCUUUCCAUCAUCUCUUCCAUCUCCUCUUUUGUCCAGCUUAACUUUACAUUUAAUAACAGAUGUCAAUCAAGGGAUGACAAUAGUUGCUGAUGGACUACCAACCAAAAGCACAGGCUUUGGAGCAGCAGUUAUUUCUGAGCACCCAAACCCUGAUGCAGAGGAAGAUUUUAGGGCAACAAGUAGCCCAAAAACAACAGCCACAAUUAACACAUUGGGUGGUCCUGGACAACAGGUAACCAGUGCCACUUCAAGGUUCACUUUUACAACCAGUCCGAGACCUGGUGCAGGCUUCCAGGGUCGAGUUAGCUCAAUUACAGCAACUACAACCACCACAACUCCCCGUCAGAAUUUAUACACAACUACAUCCCCAGGAGUCGCAGAUCGCAGCAGUUGGACAGCUAAAAAGAACAUCAGCUCAAACACUAAGACUGGCGUGAAACCUCUAGCAGGCCGACGACCAAAGCCCAGUGAAAAGCAUAAACCUGCAAUUAAGCCUGAAGCAGACCAGAGGCUUAAAAAUCCUAGGAAUGAUCGUAAACCUGUCCAAGCUCCUUUGCCUCACAAAAAACCUAAACUUGACCAAAAGCCAAAGCCUUCUUACCCAAUACCAACAACCAACCAAAAGUCUAAACCUGGCAAAGAACCUAAACAAGUCCAGAUUCCAAAACCUGACCAAAGACCUCUACCUAGUCAUUUACCACCUGAUCAAAAUCUGAAAAACAAUCAAAUACCUAAACAUGACCAAGAACAUACAGCUGACCAAAGCCAGUUACCUAUUCAAAAGACAACAUCUCAAAAACCUCAAACUGCAAACCCAACUCGUUCUGACAAAGACCUUCAAACUGGCCGAGAGCCUGAAUCUGUUGAAAUCCCAAUUACUUCCCAAAACUCAAAACUUGAGAAAAAACUAGUUAAUCCUCUCAAAUCCGACAAGCCUGACCAACCACAAAAAACUAAACCUGACCAAAGGUCUACAAUAAACCAAUAUUUCCCACCUGUUCAAAAGCCUCAAGCUGAAAUAAGUGAAACAACUAGCCUCACGCCAACACCUAACCAUAAGCCUAUAACAGGAUUAAUGCAAAAUGGGGAUGAAAAUCCUUUGUCUGUAAACAACUUAACACCUGAAGAAGAGGUUACACCUGAAAGUACCCUGAUCAAUCCCUCUGAUCAAAAGCAUAAAUCCAGCCAGAAAAUCCCUAAAAUAAACCCAAAACCUAAACCUAACCAAAAACAUCCAGCUCUCACAACAGGCCAAAAGACUAAACCACAUGUGAAGCCUAAACCUGACCAAACAGCACAACCCAAUCAAGGGCUUAAAACACCUCAGCCUGAUCAAAUACCUAAUCUUGACCCCAAAUCUGCACCUGACAAAAUUCCUGAAACAGAAUCCAACAAAAAAUCCAAACCGAGGCCUCCACCCAUACGCCGGCCACCAACAAGGCCUACAGUCAGUCCUGCAGUCAGGCCAGGAGCAAUACCUGUUCAAAGACCUAAACCAGCAGUGCAACAAAAGCCAAGUCCAAAGACCAAAGCAGAUUUAGAUUCCCUUAAAACAAGCAAGACUAAAUCAGAAGACAUCCAAAACUCUCAAACCAACAUGCCACCUGCAUCAAGCCCUGUGCAACAGAUUGCUGAAGUUAGUCAUUCCCAAGGGGAUACAGAGUUCAGUCCCAUCACAAUGCAAACUAUCAGCCUGGGUCCAAAGACGUCCAACAGCCUGGAGACAGGACCCUUCCCUCGCCUUCACACAGUCUCUGAAGGCUUCACGAUGAGCCCAAACAGCAGGAUUGCGUCUGAUCUGAGGCCACAAACCACCAGUCGGCCACCAUCAAUCCCAAUGACAACAAGCCCCCCAAAAAAUGUCCGUGGGAUCCUUCCAAGUGUUAUCUCUAGCAUUAUUCCAGGCUCUACAAAGCCAAAUCAAGCUACUGACUCUCGCUCACAAGCUAAGAUACUUCACAAUGUUGAGGAAACGGCACCCAGACAAACUCCAGAAUCAGACAAAAUGAAACCAGUCCCUACAACCAGUGUCCAAACUACCUCUAACAGCCCUGACCUCAGGUCAACAACCCCUGCCACCUCUGGCCCCGAGCCCCUGGCUGCUGAGUUUGCCACUCCCAGUGCCCGAGAGCUGCGUGUGAAAAUCAACCAGGUGGCCGCUUUCUUCAAUAACAGCCUGAGUGAAAAUGGAAGACCACCGGAGAGGCGUAGAAAAGAGCACCCAGAGGACAACCAGGGAGGCAGCAGGCCUGAUAGCAAACUACCAACACUAAUAACAUCUAAAGUUAACAUAGCUAGCGACUGCUCCAACCACCUACUCAGGGGGGAGACAAAAAGUGGAGUGUACCUGGUGACCCCUGACCUCCGCAGCAAAAGCUUCCCUGUCUUCUGUGACAUGGAGCUGGAUGGAGGAGGGUGGACGCUACUGCAGCGCCGAAAGGACGGCAGCGUGAGCUUCAACCGCACCUGGGCUGAGUACCGGUCAGGCUUUGGGGAGCUGGAUGGAGGGGAGUUUUGGUUGGGCAACAAUAUGAUCCACCUGCUGACCCGGGACAGGGAUAUGAUGCUGCGGGUGGAGCUGGAGGACUUUAACGGGGUGAUGGAGUAUGCAGAGUACGAACAGUUCAGAGUGGCAAGUGAACGGUUGCGCUACAGACUGACGGUAGGCGGGUACUCGGGUACUGCAGGUGAUGCUCUCCGCUUUAGCAGACGUUAUGAUCACAACAACAGGGCGUUCACCACGCCGGAUAGGGACCACGACCGCUAUCCAUCCGGGAACUGUGGCGCCUACUACAGCUCCGGCUGGUGGUUUGAUGCCUGUAUGGCCGCAAAUCUCAACGGCAGAUACUAUGUGGGGAGUUACAGGGGAGUCCGGGAUGGGAUUUUCUGGGGGACAUGGCAGAACAUAUCUAAUGAGUAUUACCCCACCAAUGACAGACAGUCUUUUAAAUCUGUCACAAUGAUGAUCCGACCAAAGGGCUUUACACCAUGAGCGAUGACUGUCUACCAGGGCAAGUUGGAAAAGAAACAUAAGGGGUCUUACUACUAACUUCAACCAGAAGCUCCUAACAUGCUCUAGUUUAAAAAAAAAAAACACUAGGAAGCUAUAUAUUUCACAACACACGGUUAUUGUACACUAUUAACACAAUGCUGCCGCCUUGUGGCAUUUGAUUCUGCAAUAUUGUUUUGUUUCCUGGGAAGCCUUUGACAAUGUACCCUACACACGGUAGUACAAGGUUAUAGUCCUAAUUACAUAGUAUUUUUUCAUAACCUUUUAAUAUUACUGUAUUUUUGAGAGUGGGAUUUGUUUAAUGACAAGAGAGGGACAUCCUCUUGUGAAGAGUAUUUUUCAGUAAAUAUGACGGGUAUGUAGCAACAGUGUAUGAUAUGUUUUAUUAUUGGAGUACUGGAAAGCCUUUUGAUGGUUGACUGAAGCUGUAUGGGUGUUUUUAUAAUUAAGAUUGCUUUGUUAAGAUAAAUAAAAUUGCUGAGAAUGUG